AUAUCAAAUUCUGAGACGCAUAAGUCAGUCGUGAUGUGAUAUGUGGCGUAUGUGCGUCUGGCCGCUAGAGGGCGCUGUGUGCGCCGAGCUGCGCAUGCGCAGUGUGCUUUGUGUACUUUCAUGUUGAUUCGGCUCUUCUCAGGACGCUCCGCGUUUUAAUCCGCAACCAUGAGCUUUUAUUCACUGCAGACUUCAAUAACACGAGCAGCGUUUUAAAUGUAGACUGACUGAGCUUCUUUGUUCCGGUCCAAUCGGAUUAUCGACGCGUUGUUCAGUGCGCAGUAUGUCUGAAUGCAUUAAUGUGCGUCAAAUCAUAGCUUUUUUAUUUUGUAAUGUUACGAGGGAUACUGUAACUUUCAAGAGGUACUCUGUUUAUGAGGAACCAUAAACACUCAGAGUGUGCUGCAGCAUUUGAAGUCUGAAUAAGGUCAGCAUGACCCUGGCGUUGACCCCUGCGGCCGUGUGCCAGUGCUUCACGCUGGUGUCGCUGUGCACGUCUAUCGCAGAUCCCAACUGGAUCCAGGUCCAGAACUGCUCUGAUUCGAGCAGCAAACUCAUCUACGGUGUGGCCUUCACACUGCACGCCUAUCAGAAUCUCACAGACACAGGUCCGUUGGGUGGGCUUCAUGGAUGGGGAAUGUGGCUGCUGUACUCUCUAGCCGUUCUCUGCUACAGCGCCGUCCUGUUUUCCAGUUCCUCUUUCCUGCUGGAUUUCCUCGGAGCAGCUGUCACUCACUCAAAGCUGGUGACGUCUCUGCACUUCUUGACAGCGUUCAUCUGCAUGACGGUUGUGGGUGUGUGUGUGGCCUGUAUGAGUGUGAUUGAGCACAACCUGCAGCGAGGAAAGACAGAAAGCAGCCCUGCGCUCUGCAUGUCUGCAGGAGAAAGCUUCUACAUCGAGAUGUUGGGCCUGCUCUUCUCCUUCAUAGCGUGCGCUUUGGCCCUCAAGGGUCAUCCUGAACCCAUCAGGGCCCGUGAGUACCUGAGCGUGGAUGGAGAAGACAGUGAUGCAGAGCCUUUGAUUGGUGGAGCUGAGAGGGAGGAGUGAACAGACGAGAGUUAUGCACUUCAUUUCUAAUGGCAGAAGAGCAAGAGCAAAGCUGAACAAGAGCUGCUGUUAGAUCAGGUGAUCUCGGAGCAUGUACAGAACGAAUGAAGGCUCCCAACUGUCGAGGUUCUCUGAACAAACGUUCCUCCAGGAAUGUUAUCUAGUCUUUAAUAAUGCUCUCAAAUCAAACGUUAUUUAUACAUCAUUUUCUGAAAUGUUUGAGUUGGAUGUUUUUUAAAUGUUGCUAAUUGUUUCAGAACAUUCCGAGAACAUUCAAAAGUAACAUUCCCGUAAUGUUUGCGAAAUUUUAAAACGGAAUGUUCUUGUAAAUGUUUGAAUAACCGAGAAUAAAACAUUUUCAAAUUUGUAAAAACUUGGACGUUUUAAAUGUUCGGAAAUAACGUUUUCAUAACUUAAUUGGAACAGCAGCCAAAUGUACUUCGAAUGUAUUUUUGUUAGCUUGAAUGUAGAAUUGACAGGAAUUAUGAAUUUAAUUACAUUACAAUUAAAAAUAAUUCAACAAUCACAAAACAGUGAAAACAUGUUGUUUUUAAAUGUCAUUAAUUCAGACUAAUUGUGACUAGCCUAUUUAUUUGCUGAUAUGUAGAACUCAUUUUUCAGAAUUGAUUUGAAAUUAAGUUAUUAAAGCACCACAUUGUUUUGACCCUGUAUAUAAUUCUCAGGGAUAAACUGGAGCAUUCUGGGUUUUAUAGCUAAAUAAUCCAUAAACUCAAAUUUAAUUUGGCGGGACUUUACAGUAAGAUUCAUGUUAAUAAUGAAUGACAUUCAGACAUUUAUAAGUGUGACUUAAGUGAAAAAAAAUAAUUUUUCCCCCCAACUGCUGUAUAUGAAUUCAAUUCAUAUUUCUUCAUUCUAAAAAUAUUAGUAACAUCAUCUAAUGUUUCUUAAAAUGGCCUAAAUGUUGUGUGAUGAGUGUAUGUUUAUGGGUCAUUUGUAGUGAAAAAUUAAAUGUCUAAUGAAUUUCUAAUCUCUAAUUCUACUUAAUUGGCAAUUC